AACUCUUAUUUGGCAGAGCCAAAUCGAAUGAACGUUUUCGUGCGACUAGGACUCGAAGUUCUUUAUGUGUAGUAAAAAUUUGAAAACCUAUGUUUUUAAAAUGAGUGAGAUCUGGCUCAAAGAAGUCGAAAAAAGGGAAUUCCGUCACAUUUGGCCAGGCCGAUGACUGUAAUGGUUGUGAUUGUGCUGCCGGUUUAGUUUCAACAGUAAUAACAAAAUUACAAAUUGAAAGCAAAGAAGAAUUUAAUAGUGGAGAAGCAUUAGCCACAUGA